GUCGAUCUCGCACAGCUCGCGCCGCAGCAGCUGUCUCAAGUCAAGAAGCAACUCGACGAUGAAGUCCAACAUCUGAGCACAUCGCACCAGAACCUUCGCACUGCACAACAAAAGUUCCGCGAAUGCAAAACAAGUAUCGAACAUGGUGUUGCCAAAAGCGCAAGUGAUAAGGCUUUGCUCGUUCCGUUGACUUCCUCGCUAUAUGUGCCUGGCACGCUAGCCGGUACUGACACUGUACUUGUUGAUGUCGGUACUGGGUUCUUUGUCGAGAAAUCUACCAGCGAUGCUCAGAAAUUCUAUGAUGGCAAGAUUGAGGAGCUAGGCAAGAACAUCAAGGACUUGGAAAACAUUGUCAACAGCAAAGCAAACAAUCUGAGGGUGGUGGAAGAAGUUCUCAGGCAGAAGAUGCUCGCUGGGCAGGGCCAGGCCGCUGCAGGUGCGGCAUGA